AUAGAGGAAAUAGAACAAGAUGACAGUGAUGAGGUGUAUACUUCUGAGAAAUCAGAAGCUAGCAGUGCCUUCUUUAUUUGUCAUCAGACACAAUUUCAAAGGCAUCUGUUACAAAGGUAUGGAAAUUCACUGUGCAUGUUAGAUGCUACCUACAGGACAACAAAGUAUGCUCUUCCUUUAUUUUUUCUUGCUGUUAAAACCAAUGUUGGCUACAGUGUGGUGGCAGAAUUUAUAGUCCAAAUCAAAACACAGGCGUCAAUACAGCAGGGCUUAGAAACAAUUCAAAGAUGGAUGGCAGAAGACACUAACGUACCCAAUGGCUUGUCAUGGAAACCCAGAUUUUUCAUGACCGACUUUUGUGAGAGGGAGAUUUAUGCCAUCGAAACAACAUUUCCUGAAACGUUCGUUUUCCUCCGUGACUUUCAUAGAGAACAGAGUUGGACCAGAUGGACAACCAAAAUUAGUAAUGGGGUAUCUGGUGCCAAAGACAAGGUAUUGGCAAUGCUCAGGAGGUGUGCACAUGCAACUACCUUAUCUGAAUUUAACGAUGCUGUUUUGCGUCUUAACCAAUCAUUUGAAUGGAAAAGCAAUUUAUGA